GUUGUGGCCGGGUAAUGACGUAGGAGGGCGGUGCCACAGGAGGGAGGAGGUGGCUAAGAAGCAGUUGCUGAUGGACUGGUCUGGCUCCUCCCCCCAGGUUGCGGGUUAGUGUGAGGCGGGCAGCAGGGGGACGAGGAGCGGAGAGCUGGACUGGGCCGUUACCGGGACCCCUUGGCACCCAACUCUGUGUGUACCGGGACCCAUCUCUCGCUUACCGGGACCGUAUGUAGCAACGCCGCUGCCAGCCCGGGCUGCAGCACUACAGGCCGAUGGAGCACAUACAAGGUGCCUGGAAGACCAUCAGCAAUGGCUUUGGCUUUAAGGACUCUGUGUUUGACGGAAGCAGCUGCAUGUCCCCCACCAUUGGGCAUCAGUUUGGCUACCAGCGGCGGGCGUCGGAUGAUGGCAAGCUCAGCGAUACCUCCAAGACUGGCAGCACCAUGCGAGUGUACCUACCCAACAAGCAGAGAACCGUGGUCAAUGUGCGGAGUGGGAUGAGUUUGCACGACUGUCUCAUGAAAGCUCUGAAGGUUCGAGGGCUCCAACCCGAAUGCUGCGCAGUCUUCCGGCUGAUUCAGGAUCCAAAGGGGAAGUUGCGCUUGGAUUGGAACACGGACGCCAUGUCGCUAGUCGGAGCGGAGCUGCAGGUGGAUUUUCUCGAUCACGUGCCACUCACGACACAUAACUUCGUGCGGAAAACAUUUUUAAAACUGGCAUUUUGCGAUAUCUGUCAGAAGUUUCUAUUAAACGGCUUUCGCUGCCAGACGUGUGGCUACAAGUUCCACGAGCACUGCAGUACCAAGGUGCCCACCAUGUGCGUGGACUGGAGCAACAUCCGGCAGCUGCUAUUAUUCCCCAAUCCAAACAACAUGGAAGGGGGCAGCCACACGUUACCCUCUCUGACAGUGAGGCGAAUGCGAGAAUCUGUGCGGAUUCCAAUCAGCUCCCAACAGAGAUAUUCAACUCCUCACCCCUUCUCCUUCAGCACCCCCAGCGCUCCUUCUGAGUGCUCCCUCUCCCAGAGACAGAGGUCCACUUCCACGCCUAAUGUGCAUAUGGUCAGUACCACAAUGGCCGUGGACAGCCGCCUUAUUGAGAAUAACUGGCUGAAUGUGUCCCCCAGCUCUUGGGGCCGGCAGCUCUGUAUGAGAGGAAGAGAUGCGGUGCGGAGUCACAGCGAUUCAGGGAGCCCCAAUAAUCUGAGUCCUACGGGGUGGUCCAACACCAAAACGCCGGCCCCCACACACCGAGAGAAGGCAGCGUCAUCCAGUGGGCAGGAGAAGAACAAAAUACGCCCCCGUGGGCAGAGAGACUCCAGUUAUUACUGGGAGAUAGAGGCCAGUGAGGUGAUGCUCUCCACAAGGAUUGGAUCGGGCUCCUUCGGAACAGUGUACAAAGGGAAAUGGCACGGGGACGUGGCAGUGAAAAUCCUGAAGGUGACCAAUCCAACGCCAGAGCAGCUCCAGGCAUUCAGGAAUGAAGUUGCUGUACUUAGGAAAACGCGGCACGUUAACAUUCUGCUUUUCAUGGGCUACAUGACCAAGGAGAAUCUGGCCAUCGUCACGCAAUGGUGUGAGGGGAGCAGCCUGUACAAACAUCUCCAUGUCCUCGAGACCAAGUUCCAGAUGUUCCAGCUCAUCGACAUCGCCAGGCAAACGGCACAAGGGAUGGAUUACCUCCAUGCAAAGAAUAUUAUCCACCGGGACAUGAAAUCCAACAAUAUCUUUCUCCAUGAGGGGUUAACCGUGAAAAUCGGAGACUUUGGAUUGGCCACGGUAAAGAGCAGGUGGAGCGGUUCCCAGCAGGUGGAGCAACCGACAGGCUCCAUACUGUGGAUGGCCCCAGAAGUGAUCCGCAUGCAGGACAAUAACCCCUUCAGCUUCCAGUCGGACGUCUAUUCCUAUGGGAUCGUGCUGUUUGAGCUUAUGACCGGGGAGCUGCCCUACUCCCACAUUAGGGACAGGGACCAGAUAAUAUUUCUGGUUGGACGAGGAGGGACGGUCCCCGACCUGAGUAAGCUCUACAAGAACUGCCCCAAGGCAAUGAAGCGUCUCGUGGCCGAUUGUAUCAAAAAAAUGCGGGAGGAGCGCCCCCUAUUCCCUCAGAUCCUCUCAUCUAUUGAGCUGUUACAACACUCGUUACCCAAAAUCAAUCGCAGCGCUUCGGAGCCGUCGUUACACCGCGCCGCACACACAGAGGACAUCAAUUCCUGCACACUGACUUCCACCCGGCUGGCAGUUUUCUGAGGGGACAGUUGCUGUGACUGUGGCACCAUCACCAAAUUCUCCCCCCACGCCAAGUGCUUUAUCCCAAAGGGGAGAUUGUCCAGUGUGUCAGGCAGGGGCCCCUGAGCCCCAGGAUAUCGCCACUGUGCUUCCAGUCUCACUGUGUGACACCCCAUCAUAAACUGCUGCCCCCCUGUGGGUUGGCCUCCCAGCUCCUAUAGUCACUGCGCAAUAAUCUCGGCCCCCGGAGCUUCCAGACCUGGAAUUUUCUUCAUUUCUGAAAUCCCAGAUGAACUCGGGGGGGGGGGAAUUUUCUCUGUGGCAGAAGCAGCGCUGGGGGUGGGUGUGGAAUGGCCUGGGGGGUCCUUAAUAGACUUGAUUUGCACAUCAGUUCAUGUACGGGCGGGGGGGUCCCUGUGUUCCUAUACAGCAGCGGCACAAUGGGAAUUGGGUUUGGUUCCGUCUAUCGCAGGAAAGCCCUGGAGGUCUCUGUGCCCAGUGGGGACGUUGGUGCAGAACCCGGCGGGGGGCCCAAUACACCAAUGUACAUACAAGGUCCGACUGAGAUCCCAGAUGCGCACUAUAAGGGGAAUCGGAGUGAUACCGUUUGUUAUUAUAUGAUUUGGGUUUUAAUUGGUUCUUUUACUGCUUCUCAGCAGCUGCCUCUAUUGGCUGAUUUGCCUUUUUGUUAUAAAUUAAAUGCGUCUUACAUUUUAUUUA